ACUCAUUCUGUGUGACUGUAGACCGGUGAGCAGUAGUGGAUUCUCGGCCACGGAAGGAAAAUGGCGUUCAGUCAGGGAACAAAGAAGAAAGUGUGCUAUUACUAUGACGGUGAUGUAGGAAACUAUUAUUAUGGACAGGGACAUCCCAUGAAACCACAUAGAAUCCGUAUGACGCACAACUUACUUCUUAACUAUGGCCUGUACCGCAAAAUGGAGAUCUACAGACCUCACAAAGCAAAUGCAGAAGAGAUGACAAAAUAUCACAGUGAUGAUUACAUCAAAUUUCUACGUUCAAUCCGGCCAGACAACAUGUCAGAAUACAGCAAGCAGAUGCAAAGAUUUAAUGUUGGAGAGGACUGUCCUGUAUUUGAUGGCCUAUUUGAAUUCUGCCAAUUGUCAGCAGGGGGAUCUGUGGCAAGUUCUGUUAAACUGAACAAACAGCAGACAGACAUUGCAGUGAACUGGGCAGGUGGCCUUCACCAUGCCAAGAAAUCAGAAGCUUCUGGAUUCUGUUAUGUGAAUGACAUUGUCCUUGCCAUCCUGGAACUGCUGAAGUAUCACCAACGGGUUCUGUAUAUUGAUAUCGACAUUCACCAUGGUGAUGGCGUUGAGGAAGCAUUCUACACAACUGACAGAGUCAUGACGGUCUCUUUUCACAAGUAUGGCGAAUAUUUUCCUGGCACUGGAGACCUGAGGGAUAUAGGAGCUGGGAAGGGAAAAUACUAUGCAGUAAACUACCCCUUAAGGGAUGGAAUUGAUGAUGAAUCCUACGAAGCCAUAUUCAAACCAGUGAUGUCAAAAGUAAUGGAGAUGUAUCAGCCCAGUGCCGUGGUUCUGCAGUGUGGGGCUGACUCCUUAUCUGGUGACAGACUUGGCUGCUUCAAUUUGACCAUCAAAGGUCAUGCCAAGUGUGUGGAAUUCAUCAAGACCUUCAACCUUCCUCUGCUAAUGUUGGGUGGGGGGGGUUAUACAAUCCGAAAUGUGGCUCGUUGUUGGACGUAUGAAACCGCUGUGGCAUUGGAUACAGAGAUCCCCAAUGAACUGCCAUAUAAUGAUUACUUUGAAUACUUUGGACCAGACUUCAAGUUACACAUCAGUCCAUCAAAUAUGACCAACCAGAAUACGAACGAAUAUCUAGAAAAGAUCAAGCAACGUUUGUUUGAGAACUUGCGCAUGCUCCCACAUGCACCUGGAGUCCAGAUGCAGGCAAUCCCUGAGGAUUCUGUACAUGAUGACAGUGGAGAUGAGGAUGACGAUGACCCUGAUAAACGAAUUUCCAUUCGUUCAUCAGAUAAGCGGAUUGCAUGUGAUGAGGAGUUCUCAGAUUCUGAGGAUGAGGGAGAAGGUGGCAGAAGAAAUGUGAGCAAUUUCAAAAAAGCAAAACGUGUCAAAACAGAGGAGGAGAAAGAUGUAGAAGACAAAAAAGACGGUAAAGAAGAGGAGAAGCUUAAGGAUGAGAAGACUGAGGCCAAACGGGUAAAUGAAGAGACCAAAUCAGCCUGAUGCCCCCCUUUUUUUUUUAUUUUUUUUUUGGUGAAAGUAUUCCCACGACCAGGUGAUCCUCAUGGUUUUAUAUUUUAUAUAUUAUUUGUACAGAAACUCUUAUAUAAAAUAUAAAGACCCGGACCGGCUAAAUUAUUUCUCUCCAAGAGGCUGCAGGAGGAGGGACGAAUAAGGAUUGAUAAUACUAGCAGGAGAUUUUUUUUUUUAUCUGUUUUUUUUUUUUUUUCUGGUUUGUUUUUAUUAGUGGGCAGGAGAGGGGACUGUUAUAUCCUGCAAAUCUUGCUCUACAAUAGAAGUUUCCCUGCUUCGCCACUUUUUAAUACGAGGAUAUUCAAACCCCAUUUUAUUUUGCCAUUUCUUAAUGUGCCUCUGUAACAAACUGUGGUACAAUUUAUUUAUGGGUAUAUCCCUACCUGCCCGGUGAAAAACACACUCCUGAUGUUCAGACAGCUCUGCUUUAAUAGAUGGGAGGAAUAAAUACAUCUUGUGCUCAGGAUCCAGGCGGUCAAAGGGUGGGGGGGACUUGGCCGUCUUCCAUUUGGGGGAAUAACCAUAUCCUCGCAGGUUAGGGGGAAUGCAGGUCCCCAUAACCUUUCAGGGAUUCCCUAUUGGGGGUGAUGCUGCUAACUCCUCACAUGUCAUGAAACAGAUGUAAACAAUGAGAGGAGGUGUGGAACACUGUUCAGCAGUUUCGUCAUGUGGUGGGGAUGCAAUUUUGAUUUCUACAUAUCUUACAAGGGGAGUGAAAGGAUUUGUUGAGGGAUAAAGAUGUAGGGUUUUUAUGUCAAUUAUUUUUUUUGGGGGGGGGGGGAUGGUUUUCCUUGAUGGUUCAUUUGUGGAGCAGCUUUGUAAUAAAAGUUAUACAACAGACAUUGUGUUUAAAUUAACCAAUUAUAAUGUGUAGUAUUGUACUACAAUAAUGUUAAUGUGUUAAUUGUGUACACAUGUACUUUCAGACCUCAAGAAUAAUAGGGACAGUAUUUAUUAUAUAUCAAGUGUAGACAUUAGUAGCCGUAAAUAGGAGUCUAAGUUCAUGGUUGGCUUUUAAAAGAUGUGUGCCAAGAUCAACCCAAGUUGUCAUUUUGCUGCACUCAUAAUAUCGGAUUGCCCACCCAAGUCUGUAAAGCGUAAGUGUGUGCGUAUAAUACAUACCACCUGUUCUUCACUAUACAGGAAGAUCCAACGUCUUACAGUUGUUACAUCUAUACAUCUGUGCUUUGUGACCUUUUUGCUUCUCCUCUUUUUUCAAGUAGGAAGCUACAGUGAAAAACAUUGACCUACAUCCAUCAAAA